GACAGAUUUUAGUCUUUAUCAAAAUUUCGUGUGAAAUAGAACAAACAUUCCCCAUUUGGCAAAAGCUAUAUCAAAUUUUUACUCUAAAUUUGAAAAUUUUAAAUAUUGGAUUAGCUGAUUUUAAUACAAUGGCGCUUCGUCUUACAGCUUUAGCCUUCCGAAGGCGCGCUCCUUUAUUACUCGUGCCAAAGUUGCAACCUCCACCGUCAACCCGCACUUUAUUGCUUAGGAAGAAUCUGGUACCGCUUAUAGAUGAUGAUCCUUGUGUGUUCUCGAAGAAAGCCAUUAUGCAUCACUGGGGGGUCCUUCCCAUUUUGGUUAUAUCAGUGGUUAGUUUGUUCUUCAAGAUUGCCGUCAUGGUCAGACUGGGCCUAGUCAAGGAUGAUGUCUGGUAUACCAAGGAUUCAGCGAAUUAUGAGUAUUUUGAGACUCGUCAAGGUCCUUGGUAUAAAGCGAGGAGUCGCAAGUUUGGUGGUCGAGAUGACUAUGAAAUGCCACCCGGGGCGAUCUUAGCCAGACAAGGCGACGUCAAUGGCCCGUCAUUUGAGAAGGACGACAAAAAAAAAAUAAACUUUGCCUGGAUGGGAGAUGGUCAGGCUAGCAUAGAAGCUACGUAUUUCAUAGACCUGACCAUAAGGCUACCAUCCAUUCGCCUGACUCUAAGGUUCAGGAUCCGCUGAGAACGAUUCCCCAAUAUAUGCUGAUGAAAGAGUUUUUAUACAUGGAAUACUUUCCAUCUUUCUACUGAGACUUCCGAGUGCAAAACGAAAUUUUCAAGUGGGCAACAAGAGUGUCAUACUUUGCUAAUAAAUAAUUCUAUGUGAAAAAA